UUUGCUCCUAGCUCCUCCCCACAUCGGUUUAGUUUCUAUUUCUUUGUUAAUCCCUCCACAGCACAAAGGGCUGCUUGGCUGGUGUGAAAAGCAGCGGUGACCAGAGAGGUGGUGGAGAGAUGGCCUUCAGCAGUGCCCAGCCUCCUUACCUGAGCCCAAUCAUCCCCUUCUCUGGGACUAUCCAUGGGGGCCUUCAGGAUGGACUUCAGAUCACUGUCAAUGGGACUGUUCUUCACUCCAGUGGAACCAGGUUUUCCGUGAACUUUCAGAUCGGCCCCAGCGGCAAUGACAUUGCUUUCCACUUCAACCCUCGGUUUGAAGAGGGUGGGUAUGUGGUCUGCAACACGAAGCAGAAAGGAUGCUGGGGUCCAGAGGAGAGGAAGAUGCAAAUGCCCUUCCAGAUGGGGAAUUCGUUUGAGCUCAUCUUCCUAGUGCAGAACUCAGAAUUCAAGGUGAUGGUGAACGGGAGCCUUUUCAUGCUGUACUCACACCGGGUGCCCUUCUAUUGCGUGGACACCAUCUCCGUCACCGGUGCUGUGAGAUUGAACUACAUCAGCUUCCAGAACACUCGUGCAGCCCCUGUCCAGCCUGCCUUCUCCAGGGUGCAGUUCUCCCAGACUGCCCGUUUCCCACACAAGCCCAAGGGGCGCAAACCAAAACCUCCAGGUUUUGGGCAAGCCAGCUCCGCUCCUAUCUGUCAAACGGUCAUCCACACUGUGCAGAGCACUCCUGGACAGAUGUUCCCUAAUCCAAUAAUCUCGCCUAUGACGUACCCCAACCCAACCUAUCCGAUGCCUUUCUUCACCAGCAUCCCGGGAGGGCUGUACCCCUCCAAGAGCAUCAUCGUGUCAGGCACCAUCCUGCCCAGCGCCCAGAGGUUCCACAUCAACCUGUGCUCUGGGAGUGACAUCGCCUUCCACCUGAACCCUCGUUUUGAUGAGAAUGUCGUGGUUCGAAACACAAAGAUCAACAACUCUUGGGGGUCUGAGGAGCGGAGCCUGCCCCGAAAAAUGCCCUUCAUACGAGGCCAGAGCUUCUCGGUGUGGAUCAUGUGUGAAGGCCACUGCCUCAAAGUGGCCGUGGACGGUCAGCACCUGCUUGAAUACUACCACCGCCUGAAGAACCUGCCUGCCAUCAACAACCUAGAAGUGGCAGGUGACAUCCAGCUGACCCACGUGCAGACAUAAGCGGGAUCCCUGGCCCUGGGAACAAGGGCUAGGGCAUGCUGCAUUCUGGAUCUGCUCAUCACCUUCACCUUCCCUGGCCCUGCCCCAGCCCCAGCCCUUCCCAGCCUGCCCAGGAUCUGGGGCUUUUUCUGGGGAGACCACAUCUUUCUCUGGCCCUGCUUCUGGCUGCAGCCAGCCUGGAGUGGAGGAGGCGGCUGACUGGAACGGCCUUACUCAUUUUGGGCAGCACCUGGAGUGUCAGCUGUGCAAAUCCUACCAUCCGAGGAGAGAGAUAGUCUGUGCAUGCUGAAGCCCCACAUUCAGUACCCUCGGCAGAAAGGGAGAGUCCUGGGCCUUCCAAAGAUCCCAGCCCGGGCUUCCCCCCACCUCUCAACCCCAUUCCCACUCCUAUUCAAGUCCACUUCAAGUCCACGCCACCUACUAAUCACUCACACAGAAGGCAGCCUCCUUGGCCUCUCCCCUUUUGCCAACCUUUAACCUUCAACCUUUCCUUGCAACCUGAACUAACCCUUCCCCCACUUCAGGAAAGUGACCCCGAUUAACACCUGCUGGUCUCCACAAACUUUUCUCAGCUAGGGGCUCCCCACUUUUCCAGUGUCCUUCAAAUAAAGAGAAAGAAAAUGUUUGUUGGCACAUA